UUUCGAUCGAAUUAGGGUUUCGAGGAGAAAAAGAACGGCGAAAAAGAAAGGAUUCGCUCCGUUACUCUUUCGUUCUCUUCCUUCGCGGUUGGAAUCGCAGCAAUGGCGGCGGAGAGCAGGAAAGAGCGCCUAGAUCAGCCCUUGAAGCCCUCCUUCCCCGAGAGCCUUCUCGUGGACGGCAAGCCGACCGCGCGCGGGACACGAGGCCGCAAAGCCGCCGCCGCCACGAACGGAGACUCGGUAGUAAAACCCGUCAUGGCUGCGGUCCCGCGAAGCCAAGUUCUCGGCAAAGUGAAGGACUUUUUGGGAGUGAUCGCUGAGGCCAACGAGAAACUGGAGGUUGACGUGGGCGCGAGUUCUCGCGCGGACUACAAUGUAGAAGUGCUCACUGGGAACGAGGAAGAGUACAUCGAGAUGGAUUUGCUCCUGGGCAUCACCGACCUGCACACUGCCGAAGCCGUGGAAGCAGCCGAGGCUGUCAUGAGCGGCUUCCGGCCGUCGGCACCCUCCACUAGCAGCAUCUCCUCUGACUCAGAUGACGACAGUGAUGACGACGCAGAGAAGCUUAAGGUGGGGAGCGAUGAGUCUGUGCGCAGUGACACGCGAAGUAAGCGUCCAAAAAUUGUUGUGCUUGAUUCAAGAACGGAUUAGAGUUGGUCAGGAGACAAACACUGCAGUGAAGAUGAUCUUGGUGCAUGUCGGGUUCGAACAAUUAUUCCUGGGGAUCUUUUUACUUCAUAGUGCAGCUGUUGGAUGCAAGUGAGUAUGUUUCUGCUCCCAACUUGCUGCAUUACCCUAAGAGCCAUUGUGUUUCAGAUAUCUAAUUUUCUCUUCUGUCAUUAAAAAUUAUCACUUGUAGACCAUGCGAGUAGAGUUGAAGAAUGAUGUUUCGAAUGUCAUUGCUGGAUAACUUUGCCUUGUCCUUUUCUUUAAUAUUGAUUAGAAAUGAUGCAAUCUCAUGCAUAUAGAAAAUUCACAUUGCCUUGA